GUUGACAGAGCUGCAGCCAUGAAGAGAAGAGGACUGAUGUUCCUGCUGCUGUCAGGCUGCGUGCUGGUCUGUCGCCUCCAGUCCGACGGAUUUGUCCGACGUUUCCACGCCGUUGCCGAGAAGAAGACCUGGGCUGACGCUCGGAGUUAUUGCAGGGAGAAGUUCACGGACCUGGCCAGCAUCGGGGACCCGAGCCACAACGCCGCGGCCCAGCAGGCAGCCGGGAAAGGACAGUUCUGGAUCGGACUCAUCAACAGCGACUGGAAAUGGUCUCAGCAGGAGGACGUGGACGUGGACGUUUCCAUGGGAUCCAUCUUCGGCAUCUGGGACCUGGGUGAACCGAAGCUGAACUGUGUGACUGUCUCUGCAAUCGAGAUCUGGUCUACCCAAGACUGCAGCGCUCAGUUUUACCUGAUGUGUUACAGCGGUGAGUCUCAAGUGCCUGCGGAAGUUUUUAAGGUCCUAUGA